UCUUAAUAUUUACCAUGGCGACUGGAGGGGAAGGAGUUACAGUAUGGUAUCAGAGAGAAAUUACUAUUCAGGCAAAAAGAAGAGGUUGUCAUUAUAUAUCAGAUGAUAUACUCAAAGCCUGCAAAGAGGAGCUGAGUAAAAUAAAAGUAGGCGUUGCAAAUAUCCAUAGUAAGUUUAGAAGCCUAGAGCUAAAUGGUUUCUUAUUUGUUCUUAUUUCUCUGUCACUGUCAUACACCUCGACCUCACAUACUACUGCUACUGAUGACGAGUAGCCUACUCAUCAUACUCAUACUGAAGUGAUACUCAGCUAAAACUGAGUCAUACUGAGACUGUGGUGAUUGAUACUAUCCAUCUCAUACACUACACUACACUAUUGACUACAUACUAGAUUGUCUUAGAUACAGUCAGUAGUUGAUACUAAUACUAAUAAUGAUACAUAAUUGAAUAUAAUACUAACUAAUACUAUAAUUUAUAAUACAUGAAGUCACUAUUUUUUAAAUUUAGUAUAUCUAUCUCACACCUGGAUUGUCCAUUAUUAAUUAUUAUCAUGGCAUGAUUCAUGUCGUCAUGGUUUUUCAUAACUUAGCUAAGUAAAGUAGUGUUAGUUUAGGCUAAGUGGACAUACACAUUUUAUAAACAUACAGGGACUGUUAUUUUAAAUCAUUAAAUGUAUAAGUAUUGUAUAGAUAAAGUAAAAGGGUGUGCUAGUGAAACUUACAGUGAAAAUAUAAGAAUAACAAUGUUACCUGUCUUACUUUUACUUUUACAGUAAAACACACAUCUGCAAGUAUAAUUUUAAAUGAGGUUUGUGGAUUUAUUGUUUGUACCACUGUAGGCUUACCUAUAUUUUUUAUCAAGUUUUUUAAAAUCUUGUUUGCAAGAAAAAGUGGCAUGAAUUGUUUUUUAAUUUGUUUUUUAGUAUAAACUUUUUUUUGUUUAAAGUUAAGAAAAGUGUAGGAAAAAAUUGUUUAACGGCACAAAACAUUUUAUUUAUUUUAAAAUAUCUUAAAAUGUUGACUUAUUAGUGCAGCAGCUGUAUACAUCCCCCAGGGAAGAUGGGGAUACUAGAAUAGUAAAGCUUUCUGAACUACUACUUGGAACUAACAAUAAAUAUGGUGCUCUCCAUUGGCCAACCAUAGUUUUUGUGGUUGUGAAGAUAUUUUAAUACCCUACUGUAGUAUUAUUAUACUGUGUUAGCCAAAUUGAAACUCACAUCACAAAUAAUAUAUUCUUGAAGAAGGUUUUUUAUCUCUAAAGAGUCCAAUAACUUUUAGACUUAACGUUUGGGUGGACAGUAAAACAAAUGCCUUAAAAUGAUUAUCUUCUUAGAUAUUUUGCUAUAUUAAUCAUCAUGUUUUCAUAAAUCAAUAUUUUAAGCUUGAUUUUUACUCUUUAUUUAAGCAUUGGCAAUGUAAAUGAUAUGUUCAGAAUUUUCUUUACAGAAAUAUGUUGUAUUUUAUUUACUUCACAAAUCGCAGCUAGUAAAUAUUCACACUAAUUAUUCACUCUUUAAUAUUCCAGAACUAUGAUCCUACUGUUUUGUAAGUAUUCUCUAAUUGUAUUGUAAGUAAAGUUAUUUGAGUAGAUUAUCUUUUAAUAUUUUUUCUAAAUGGACAAUUUUAAAUUUAUUUUACAUGUGCAAAGGUCGUAUCUUUUAAUACAAGAUGUUUUGAUUUAAUUUUUUUCAGAACCGACAUGGAAAUGGUUUUAAAUAAACUUGCACCUGAGGUACAAAAUUUUUGUUAAAAUGUUUCUGGAAAAUAUUUUACAUGUUAUUCAUUUUUAAAAUCAAAAUUUUUAUUUGAGAGUUGUGGGUAAUAUGAAGUGUUUUACCAAUUGCAUUGUUUUAGGUGGAAUACCUAUCAAAAUUAUGUGAUCUAUGUAAUUGUUUGCCCUAGAUGUCACUUUUGUUAUAUAGGUGAGACAGGAAGAAAGCUGUCAGAUAGUGAUAGUCCAGUGAACACCAUCAAAAUACUGAACAAAGCUUCCACUUAAUUUUCUUGUCUAUUAUUUUUAAACCUAAACAUAUCUUUUUCAACUAUUUAUUUACUUUACAUGGUUUUAAAAAGUCGAAAAAUUAUCAAAAGGUUAGCCCUUUGUUUCAGCUCAUCAUUUUAAUACAUUUUUCUUACAAGAGUGUCUCCAUUUUUUCAAAGUCAUUGAGGGUUUACUUCUGAAAAUGUCAUUUUCAUUCUGUGAAGCUGAAAAUAUCUCUUUUUAAAUAAUUUUCCUAAAAAUCCCAGUACUCUUGCACUUCUUAAUUUGGUAGUGUAAGGAUUUUUCUAAGCUUUUAUGUAUUCUGAUUAAUACUUAUGGCUUUGAUCUGUCAAUACACUUUAUUAGUGUGAAACUUCCCUAUAUGUUAAUAGUGUUCAUUACCAAUACUCUUGUCAUCUUUUUUUUUCAGAACCUGAACUACAAGCAUACUUUGGAAGGCCCAGAUGACAUGGUAGGUUUAUUAUUUGAAUUUGAGUUAAUAAGAGGGCCUAAAGUAAAACAAAACAAGUUAAUACACAAAAAAGACCUGUUAUUUAAAAAUAAUUUUUUUUAUACAUUUGGUUUAAGUCUUUAUUCAUGCUAUGAUUUAUAAAAAGAUCAGUUUAAUAUUCUUUGAAAAAUGGAUUCAAUGUUUAUGUUCUCAUUAUCUGUACAAGCAACAAAGGUUAUUCCUAUUUUUAAAACCUUUAUAUUAACUCCGCUUUUGUUAGUGGCUGGGUGGCAAAAUCUUUGGCCCACUUUCCAUCAAGCUAUCGAGCUGAAUGAAACUUGAUACAUAGACUCUUUGCCAAUGACAACACAUUCUAAAAAAAUUUCAUGCCCAGCCCCCAAAAUUCCAUUUUUCCUGCUUUUUAAGGGGAAGAUAAAAUGAAAUUCCUGAUAACUGUGCUAAUGAGAUUCUUAAAUAUAACAAAAUCCAAGUGCGUUUGGUGCAUAAUAUUUUCUUUUGUUUUUUCUGAAAUAGCUGGUGAAUUUAAUCUGCUAUGUAAAAGUGGGUGGGUCAUUAGAAUAUUAAUAUAUAUAGUUCAGUGGCAUAAAAAAAUGUGCAUUUGCAAGCCUUGGGGGAGGGGGGGGGGCACUAAUUGGGAUUCAUAUUAAGCGCAUUACUUAAACGCAUGUUUUGUCAAAUUUUUAUCCCCACCCCCAUUGCUUGAUAUUACAUUUUAUAAAGGAUUUAUACAAAAAAACUUUGUUUUUAGGGGUUGUUUAAUUUAUUAUGUUACUUAUUCCUACUGUUUUUUUUUACUGCAGCCAGCGCAUGCAAAAGCUGCGAUUAUGGGAAGCAGUGUGAGCGUUCCUAUUACAAAUGGACAGUUUAACUUGGGGACCUGGCAAGGUGUUUGGUUAUGUGAGCACAGAGACAGUGGAGGUAUAGUGGACAUUUAUUGUUUUAUGAACUGUUGUUAGAAAUUGUGAACUAGCUGAAGGGAAUUUAAGUUUCAAUGAGUCAUCAUUUUAUUUGAACAGAGAAAACUGAUCAACAAUAACUUUCAUUUCUUUUAAGGAUCAAGAAAGCUUGUUGUGACAAUAAAUGGUUUAAAAAAGUGACAGAGUGGAUAGAGACAAAGUUUCGUAUCCAAGCAACAUGGUAUUGAGGCAUUUGAAGUAUGAGAAUGUAAUACAAGGUUACACACGUUAGUAUGAAACUUGAAAUUUACAACCUACCUUUGUUAAUGGAAUGCCACAUUAAAACUAUUUAACAGUUAACUUUGUGCAUAUAUUUGUACUAACCACUGUGUUAGAAGUGGAGUAAAGACUAUUCCACAAACAAAUAAAGAUUAUUCAUUUGUAGUUGAGAUGAUGCAAUUACUCAUUUAGGUUUGCUGUAAUUGUAAUAUUGUAUAGUUCAUUUCCUCUACCACUCACUGAAGCAUCAAGCUUUUAUAUUAAGAACUUCUUCAUAACGUCAUGUGAAAAUAUGGAGUAUUAAUAAAAAUCUAAUUACAUAUUAUAGUUAACCUCUAAAUGUGUGAAUCCAAGUUAUUCAAAAUUAUUUUUGCCAUUUUUUAUUAAAGAUCUAGGGUUCCCUAAUAUCCUUGAUAAGUAUAUUUAAAAUGAAUUACUGGAAAAUGCAAUUUUAUCACGAUAUAUUAAAAUAUUUGAAAAUUCUGUGCCAAAUUGAAACUAAAAAUGCAUUUCAAUUUUAUUGACAAUGCCAAAUCCUUGCACAUGUGCAUCAAUAAAAAUUAAUAAAAGUUUUUAAAAAGUUUAAUUUAAAUUUUUUCAUCCGUCAUUUGAGUGGCUAAGUUAAAGAGAUAUGCACUUGCAUUUACAGGUGGGUAUAUUAUAUAUAUUAUAAAAAACACUGGUAUAUUUAAUUUGUAACUACUAGGAAUUCUCAAAGAAAUAGUGUAAGAUAUGUUAGGGCUUAAAUAAAAAAUGCAAUUAAAUGGACAUUUUGGCUAGAUUCAUUUUUCAGCAGACAAUACAAUAAAUUAAAUCAGUUAAAUCAUAAUAUCGUCCUACUGAUACUUUUUUUUUCUUUACAUUAAUAUUAGUACAAUCAUUUUCAAGGCCAUAUGAUGUUUUAAUCAUGUUUGUCACGUUAUUAAGUCUUUCUGUCCUCAGUAAAAAAUAUUUAACGAGCCAACACAAUUAGAGAGAGUAACAAUAAGGAUACGAUGAGAUCUGCUAUAGUAAUUAUAGCUGAUAUUAUAUGUUAUGAUUUACAAUGGUGUAACCUGUCCUAUCAUUAUUUUAACUGUUAUUUGCAUGAAAAUGUUUGUUGUUUUUAUAUGCAGAUUUGAAAUGAAAGAAAAUUUAACUUGUGUAAGAAAUUGUGACAGUUUUACAAGCAUCUAUAUUAACUUUUGAAGCAU